CUAAGGCCAGCACGGGUACCAUCAGCCUCAAGAUUCCUGAAUCCCUAUGUAGUGGGUUUCGUUGUUGUGGCAGGAGUGGUAAUCCUGGCAGUGACCGUAGCUCUACUCAUCCACUUUUUAGCCUUUGAUCAAAAGUCUUAUUUUUAUCAUAGCAGCUUUCAAAUCCUAAAUGUCAAAUACAGUAAUCAGUUAAAUUCACCAGCUACACAGGAAUAUAGGGAUUUGAGUGGAAGAAUUGAAUCUAUGAUUACUAAAACAUUCCAAGAAUCAAAUUUAAGAAAUCAAUUCAUCAGAGCUCAUGUUGUCAAACUGAGGCAAGAGGGUAAUGGUGUGAUAGCAGAUGUUGUCAUGAAAUUUAAAUUCACUAGAAACAAUAAUGGAGCAUCAAUGAAAAGGAGAAUUGAGUCUGUUUUAUACCACAUGCUGAAUAACUCUGGAAACUUGGAAAUAAACCCUUCAACUGAGAUAACAUCAAUUACUGACCAGGAUACAGUGGAUAUGUUCACUCAAGGAUGUGGGGCCCGUACAGACCUAAUAACUCUGUCUGCGGAGAGGAUCCUAGGAGGCACUAAGGCUGAGGAAGGAGACUGGCCAUGGCAAGUCAGUCUACAGACGAAUAAUGUUCACCACUGCGGAGGCAUCCUGAUCAGUAGUAUGUGGAUCUUGACAGCAGCUCACUGCUUCAGAAGCUACCCUAAUCCUCGUCAGUGGACUGUCACUUUCGGUGUUUCAACAACAUUUCCUAAGCAGAGAAGAGGAGUAAGGACUAUUUUAAUCCAUAGCAAUUAUAACCCUGCAACUCAUGAAAAUGAUAUUGCAGCUAUACAACUUGACAGAGGCAUCACCUUUACCAAAGAUAUCCAUAGGGUGUGUCUCCCGGAGGCUACCCAGAAUAUUCCGCCUGGGUCUACUGCUUAUGUAACAGGAUGGGGAUCUCAAGAAUAUGGCGGUAACACAGUUUCAGAUCUACAGCAAGCACGGGUCAGAAUAAUAAGUAAUGAUGCAUGUAAUGCACCAACUAGUUAUAAUGGAGCUGUUUUGUCGGGAAUGCUAUGUGCUGGACUACCUCAAGGUGGAGUGGAUGCAUGCCGAGGUGACUCUGGUGGCCCACUAGUUCAAGAGGACUCACGGCGGCUUUGGUUCCUUGUGGGGAUAGUAAGCUGGGGGGAUCAAUGUGGUCUGCCAGAUAAGCCAGGAGUAUAUACGCGAGUGACAGCCUACCGUGCUUGGAUAACUGAAAAAACUGGGGUCUAGAGCAAUAAAGGCAUCUCUGUGGCAAAGUCUGUAUGCAGGUGUACGUCUAAAAUUCCAAAACCUUGCCUUUCAGCUGCAAAAGAACCCGAAAUUGCCCUAUUUUAACCUCCUGUCACAUAAAUAUCGUUUCACAAACACAAUUUGUUCUUUAUUACUAUAGAUUUUGUUUUCUCAAGAAAGCUAUAUGAAUGUUGCAUAGUAUUGUGGCUGUGUGCCAGGGGAAACAUGUAAACUAGUUACAGAGGUAACAAUUUUAUUACAGUUGUGAUAAGAGCUCAUAGUGAGAAAAACAGGUACCCUGAGAGAAGAUAUUAGAGGAAUCUGGACAAGUCUGCAGCAUUGGAGGAGUCUUCCCUGAAAAGUCUCACUGAAGCUGAUAAUGGUAGAAUAAUAGUCAAGGCAGCAAGAAUAGCAUGAGGAAAUAAAAAUCCUGUUUACUUGAAAUUUCUGGUUACUCAAUAGGCGGUGUAAGUCCUAAAAUUAAAUAUGUGAAGUCAUUGUACAGCAAUCUUAAUUACCCUAUAAGAACACACUCCCAAAGAAACUGAGGAAUUUCAGGUAUUUAAGAUCAAAGCUAAAAUAGUCACUGCUCAACUGAGACCCAAAGAAUUAUAAUUUUUAUGAUGAAUUUUAUUAAAAAUAUCUUGGGGCACCUGGGUGGCUCAGUCAGUUAAGUGCCUGACUCUUGGU